CUGGCCAUACAAAGGCAGCCCAUCUUCAGGCCAAGCCACUAGCACCACCCACUUACCGUCAUGGAUCUGCCCCGGCUGACAUGUGUAUUGCCCGCACGCCCAGCACCACAGAGUUUGGAUUCACGCCAGACAACAAGACCGAGGCCGGCACUCCCCGUUUGCGUCCCUUGUCGCUUUCACCUCAACGACACGAACGGAUUUUUCUCCAGCUUUCGGUGCCUAGGCGACCACGCUGCCACUGCCUGAGUUGGGCCAAGUCGGAAGUAAGCCGUACUACUUCCGGGCUCCUGCACCCUUGCUUUUUGGACAGUAUCCUUAGCCGCUCGUGCGGGCUCCUGAUUCGUUAUCGUCACAUGUGUCGUUGUGGCAAUGCCAUGGUUUGCAUGCGUCUCAACACACUGUCUGACAUGCACGGUUUUGACGUGUGUAUCAGCAUCUCUUCAGCAGGUCUGGGACUUGAUUGCAAUGCCAAGUUUCUGAGCGGCCUUGUGCCGGACAGACUGGUAGGGCUUGCGUCCGUGAAGUGGCUGAUGGUGGUGGAAUGAUUUGAGCUUACGAUAU